AUGACAUUCUCAUCAAUAAAAAGUCAAUUUGAAACCAAACAUCAUGUUUAUCUUCAAGAUACGUGGCUACAACAACGUCUCCUUUGCCCUGAAAACACGAAUCUCGACAACAAACAACUUUAUCAAGCAAUUUACAAUGAUUUCUUGGAUUCUGACUUAAAUAAAUCCGUAAAUCCACAUCUUCCUCCAUUAAUUGAAGAUAUGCACAAAAUUAUCAUUGGUGAACAUCAGCCAAUUAUUCUUCAAAUAGCUGACAUAUUUGAAGUUGGCGUUUCUGCACAAUCACUUCUUGAUGUAGUAAAUAGCUACUUGUCAGGUUCUGUGAAACAGGGUCAUAAAUAUAAUGAUAUAAGUGAUAAGCAAUAUGAGUCGAUUAAGUUCCCGCGGGGUAUGCUUAAGUUCCAAUUAACUGAUGGCUAUCAAUCGGUUGAUGCUAUAGAAUACAAACCUCUUUCGAAUCUGAAUUUACUUACCCCAAUUGGGAUAAAGAUAUCAGUCAGUAAAGCUUUAGUUUUACGAGGUGUCUUACUUCUUGGUCCUGAAAAUGCAACCGUUCUUGGAGGGUUUACUGAUGAACAUAGGUCGAUAAAUGCAAUUCGAAUCCGUUUGUUGAAACAAUUAAAUUUACCUAUUCCAGAUUGUUCUCAAGAAAUUCAACCAAACCAAGAGCCUAACUCAACUAGUGAAGAUCAAAAAACGCAACCAAAUAUUAAUUAUAUCGAUUUAGCUUCUAAUUUCUUCGAGGAUGAUGAUGAUCUUUAUGAGCAAUUAGACUUGUCUAUCCCAGUGUGUUCUCAAGAAAUUCAAUCAAAUCAAGAGCCUAAGCCAACAAGUGAAGAUCAACAAACACAAUCAAAUAUUAAUCCUACCGACCUGGCUUCAGAUUCCUUUUUCAAUUGCGAUAAUGAUGAUCUUUAUUUGCAUUUACCUAUUCCAGAUUGUUCUCAAGAAAUUCAACCAAGCCAAGAGCCUAACUCAACAACAGGUUUAUCAAUGCUAUCGCAAGAUACAGAUGAGCUUCCUUCUGAAGAUGAAGCUAUUGCGACCUUCAGCAAUAAAAAUGAAUACUAA